CGACUGACAGGACAGACAGAAAGUCUCAAGUCACUUUCCCCAGUAUCCAGGCGGGAAGAGGAUCCUCGGCUACUCGCUCCAAAUAUGCAGAACAGCACUGGCUUCCCUUUCUGUGGAAGCCGAAGGCUGGCGUCCUGUCAGGAGUUGUAGUAUCAAGAUUCCAGUUAUUACGCGACUUGCUAGAGAAACAGGAAGUAGCUUUUUUCGGGCUCUAUUCCAUCUACUGGCUCACCACUUCAGGGGAACCAUGGCCACAGACUCCACAGCCACUGCCGCCAUCGCCGCGGAGCUGGUUUCUGCCAAAAUUGAAGAAGAUGUUCCUGCUCCUUCUACCUCUGCGGAUAAAGUAGAGAGUCUGGAUGUGGAUAGUGAAGCUAAGAAAUUACUGGGUUUAGGACAGAAACAUCUGGUGAUGGGGGAUAUUCCAGCAGCUGUCAAUGCGUUCCAGGAAGCAGCUAGUCUUUUAGGUAAGAAGUAUGGAGAGACAGCUAAUGAGUGUGGAGAAGCCUUCUUUUUCUAUGGGAAAUCACUUCUGGAAUUGGCAAGAAUGGAGAAUGGUGUGUUAGGAAAUGCCUUGGAAGGUGUGCAUGUGGAAGAGGAAGAAGGAGAAAAAACAGAAGAAUCUCUGGUAGAAAAUAAUGAUAACACAGAUGAGGAAGCAAGGGAAGAGUUGAGAGAACAGGUUUAUGACGCCAUGAGAGAAAAAGAAGAAGCAAAAAAAACAGAAGACAAGUCUCUGGUAAAGCCUGGAACUGAUAAAGAACAGGAGAGUGAAAUGGAAAAGGGUGGAAGAGAAGAUAUGGAUAUAAGUGAGCCUGCAGAGGAGCUACAGGAAAAAGUUGAAUUGAUUCCAGAUCAGUUAAUUGAAACCUCUGAAGAGGCAAAAGGAGCAGGAGCAGCAGCACCAGGAGGACUAAAUGAAACUGAGAUCAUUUCUGGGAAACCAGAACAGGAAGUACCAGAUGCUGAGGAAGAAAAAUCAGUUUCUGAAACUGAUAUCCAAGAGGAAUGCAGAGAAAAAGGUCAGGAGAAGCAGGGAGAGGUAAUUGUGAGCAUAAAGGAGAAACCAAAAGAAGCUUCAGAAGAGCAGCCUGUUGUGGCUCUAGAAAAGCAGGGCACUGCAGUGGAGGUAGAAGGAGAGCCUACAGACCCGGCAGUGAAGCCAGUGGAUGUGGGUGGGGAUGAGCCAAAGGAGAAGGUAGCUACCUCUGAAAAUGAGACAGGAAAGGCUGUUCUUGAGCAGCUGGUAGGGCAGGAAGUGCUUGCUGCUGAGGAGUCACCAGAGGUGACAGCAGAGGCUGCAGAGGCCUCAGCUAUGGAGGGUGGAUCAGAAGUUUCGGAGAAGCCUGGGCAGGAGGCCACAGUUCUUAAGGAUGGUGCAGUCAAUGGACUGUCAGCUACAGGAGAUCAGACUCCCAUUGAAUCACAGAAUACUUUAGAAGGACUGACAGAAACAAAAGAUGGUUCAGGACUAGAGGAUAAGGUGAGGGCAAAGUUGGUUCCUAGCCAGGAGGAAACUAAGCUGUCCAUAGAAGAGUCUGAGGCAGCUGGAGAUGGGGUUGAUACCAAGGUAGCCCAGGGAGCUACUGAGAAAUCACCUGAAGACAAAAUUAAGAUAGCUGCUAAUGAAGAGACACAAGAGAGAGAAGAACAGAUGAAAGAGGGUGAAGAAACUGAAGGCUCAGAAGAAGAGGAUAAAGAAAAUGACAAGGGUGAAGAAACGCCACACGAUUCAGUUCUUGAAAACAAGGAAAAUGAAGAGGAAGAGAUUGGAAACCUAGAGCUUGCCUGGGAUAUGCUGGAUUUAGCAAAGAUCAUUUUUAAAAGGCAAGAAACAAAAGAAGCCCAGCUUUAUGCUGCACAGGCACAUCUUAAACUUGGAGAAGUUAGUGUUGAAUCUGAGAACUAUAUCCAAGCUGUGGAGGAGUUCCAGGCUUGCCUAACCCUGCAGGAGCAGUACCUGGAAGCCCAUGACCGUCUCCUUGCAGAGACCCACUACCAGCUGGGCUUGGCCUAUGGGUACAACUCUCAGUAUGAUGAGGCAGUGGCACAGUUCAGCAAGUCUAUUGAAGUCAUUGAGAAGAGAAUGGCUGUACUAAAGGAGCAGAUGGAGGAGGCUGAAGAAUCACCUACUGAGUACAAGAAAGAAAUUGAGGAGUUGAAGGAACUGCUACCUGAAAUUAGAGAGAAGAUAGAAGAUGCAAAGGAAUCUCAGCGUAGUGGGAAUGUAGCUGAAUUGGCUCUGAAAGCUACUCUGGUGGAGAGUUCUACUUCAGGUUUCACUCCUAGUGGAGGCAGCUCUUCAGUCUCCAUGAUUGCUAGUAGAAAGCCAGCAGAUGGUGCUUCUUCAUCAAAUUGUGUGACUGAUAUUUCCCACCUUGUCAGAAAGAAGAGGAAACCAGAGGAAGAGAGCCCCCGGAAAGAUGAUGCAAAGAAAGCCAAACAAGAGCCGGAGGUGAAUGGAGGCAGUGGGGAUGCUGUCCCCAGUGGAAAUGCAGUUUCGGAAAACAUGGAGGAGGAGGCUGAGAAUCAGGCUGAAAGCCAGGCAGCAGUGGAGGGGACAGUGGAGGCUGGAGCUACAGUUGAAAGCACUGCAUGUUAAGAGGGGGCAGAGCCUUCCUCCCAAGGGAAAGUGUUUUUGUAUAUAAUGUAUUUUUUCACUUUUGGGGGAUUCUUUUUGUAUAACUUCAAUAAAGAUUGUAAGCAAA